AUGCUCGGCUCAACCCGCUUGGCAAGCGCUGCUACCGCGAGGAUUGCCUGGACUGCCGGGGGCCCCCGACGGGCGACCCAUGCCACCUCCCGCCUCUGCUUGCCGCUGGUCCUGAUGCUGCUGAGCGUCCCGCCCCGCGUGGAUUCCUCCUGGUGGUACAUUGGGGCCCUGGGAGCAAGGGUAAUCUGCGAUAACAUCCCCGGACUGGUAAACAAACAGCGACAGCUGUGCCAAAGUUACCCAGACAUUAUGCAGUCAGUUGGGGAAGGAGCAAAAGAAUGGAUCCGGGAAUGCCAGCACCAAUUCCGUCACCACCGCUGGAACUGCAGCACUUUGGACAGAGACCACACAGUCUUUGGCAGGGUCAUGCUCCGAAGUAGCAGGGAAGCUGCCUUUGUCUAUGCCAUCUCCUCCGCUGGAGUUGUAUAUGCCAUCACCCGGGCUUGCAGCCAAGGUGAGCUGAAAGCCUGCAGCUGUGAUCCCCACAAACGGGGCCGCUCCAAAGAUGAAAGAGGAGAAUUUGACUGGGGAGGCUGCAGUGACAACAUCAACUAUGGGAUCAAGUUUGCAAAAGACUUUGUGGAUGCCAAGGAGAAAACAGUGAAAGAUGCCCGGGCCUUGAUGAACCUGCAUAACAACCGCUGUGGCAGAACGGCUGUGAAACGUUUCCUGAAACUAGAGUGCAAAUGUCAUGGUGUCAGUGGCUCUUGCACUCUAAGGACAUGUUGGUUGGCAAUGUCAGACUUCCGGCGAACAGGAGAUUACCUAAGGAAAAAAUACAAUGGGGCCAUCCAAGUCACCAUGAACCAAGAUGGCACUGGAUUUACUGUGGCCAAUAAGAAUUUCCGGAAACCAACAAAAACUGACCUUGUAUAUUUUGAGAACUCUCCUGAUUACUGUGUGAUGGACAAGUCUGCAGGUUCAUUAGGGACAGCAGGCAGAGUGUGCAACAAGGCAUCACGUGGAACUGAUGGGUGUGAGGUCAUGUGCUGUGGCCGAGGUUAUGACACCACCCGUGUGACACGAGUUACCAAAUGUGAGUGCAAAUUCCACUGGUGCUGUGCCGUCCGCUGCAAAGAAUGUGAGGACACCGUGGACAUUCACACAUGCAAAGCACCCAAACGGGCAGAGUGGGUAGACCAAACUUGAGACAGUAUGGAAUGGAGCCAGAGAGGGAAAAGAAAAACUGGCAUAGCGCCAUCCACAGCCCUGGGCAUUCUGGGAGUUGUAGUUCAACUGCAUGGCUUUUAUUUAAACAAUUCUGCAAAGCACUAAAAUGAGAAGACUACAAUUCCCAGAGAGGGAAAACAAAGAGCUCUUCUGCUCACGAGCAAAACUCAUCCCCUAUUUUAAAAAAGGAAAUUUGCAAAUUACAUUGAACUGUAAAGUUUCCUACAUCUGGUGAUAAUUCUGUGUUUAAAAAGGAGGGAGAAUGCAAUUGCAUAGGAAGCUCUGGAAACCAAGAAUCAUGCUGCAAUUAGCUGGAAAACCUGGCCUCUACCUAAAGCCAGUAAAUUAUAACAGUACUAAAAUGCAGGAGAGAGAAAAAUCUCUAUCAAUCCUGGAAGA